GAAGGGGGAGGGGCCUUCCCGGUGUGUGGGCCGCCCAGUCGCUUAGAGCUGCGGCGUGAGCUGGCCCUGAGUGGACUGUAUCCGGCUGGCUGUCAGAACUACGGGGUUCGGGUUCGGGUUCGGUUUGGGCCAUGACCGCCGAGAAGCCGCUCGUCGCCAUCACUUGCACCGCCCCCACCAACAUCGCGGUCAUCAAGUACUGGGGAAAACGUGAUGAAAAGCUGAUUUUGCCCAUCAAUUCGUCGCUGAGUGUCACUUUGCACCAAAGUCAGUUAAAAACCACCACCACAGCAGCUAUCAGCCGGGACUUCAAAGAGGACCGAAUCUGGCUGAAUGGCAAGGAGGAGGAUAUGGGGCACCCACGGUUACAGUCCUGCCUUCGAGAGAUCCGUCGCCUGGCUCGGAAAAGAAGGAGCGGGAGUGAUGGUGAUUCUGUUCCUCUGUCCUACAAGGUGCACAUUGCGUCCGUGAAUGACUUCCCCACGGCAGCAGGCCUGGCCUCCUCGGCAGCAGGGUACGCCUGCCUUGUCUACACUCUGGCCCAGCUCUACGGGGUUGAGAGCGAGCUCUCAGAAGUGGCUCGGCAAGGCUCGGGGAGCGCUUGUCGCAGCAUGUUGGGGGGCUUCGUGCAGUGGCACAUGGGAGACAGGCCCGACGGCAAAGACAGCCUUGCCCAGCAGGUCGCGCCAGAGUCCCAUUGGCCAGAGCUCCGGGUCCUGGUUCUGGUGGUGAGUGCUGAAAAAAAAAAAGUGACCAGCUCAUCUGGAAUGCAGACCAGCGUAGAAACCAGCUCUCUGCUCAAAUUCCGGGCUGAGUCUGUGGUGCCCGGGAGGCUGGCAGAGAUGGCACGGUGUAUCGCGGAGCGGGACUUCGAGGGGUUUGGCCAGCUGACCAUGAAGGACAGCAACCAGUUCCAUGCCACCUGCCUGGACACUUUCCCUCCCAUCUGCUACCUCAAUGACACGUCUCAGCAGAUCAUGGGCCUGGUCCACCGCUUCAAUGCCCACUACGGCAAGACCAAGGUGGCGUACACGUUUGAUGCAGGUCCCAAUGCUGUAAUCUUCACCCUGGAAGAAACAGUGGAUGAAUUUGUCACUGUCAUAAAACAGAUCUUCCCCCCAGAGAUGAACGGAGACAGGUUCCUGAAGGGCUUGCCCAUAAGGCCCGCUGAGCUUUCAGAAGAGCUGAAAUCUGCUUUGGCCAUGGAGCCAUCCCCUGGAGGAAUCAGAUACAUCAUUACCACUCAGGUGGGGCCUGGACCUCAGGUGCUGGAAGACCCCCAGCAGCAGCUCCUGGGCCCCGACGGCCUGCCAAAGCUGGUGUCCUGAGCUUGCACCAUCCCCAGUCAUCACGCCCCUCGGGGAGAUGCAGCCGAAUGGGGAGCGUGGAUGCAACUUCUGGUUGUACUAUUGGGGCUUGCCAGGACUCGGGCUGGUUUCCCAGUUGCUGCAUGUGGCUGGAAAAAUAUUGUCAGGCAGGGGAUUUUGUCAGACACCACCAGCAAGGACUCGGGCUUUGGCUUGACUGUGGGCUCUUCCACCCUCCGGCGGGCGGUAGAGGCGGUGGUUGUCCCUGUCGCGGAGUCUGUCUCCUCUGUGUGCACACGUGCAGAGGUGGCACCGCGUGGCGGGGACCCCGGACGGCCCUCUCCUAGCCCGUCACGUGGAGGCCUGGGCAGGAGCGACAGCAGAGCCUGUCGGAGCUGGUGGCGGCGGCUCUUGUGCCUUUCUCGCUGCUCUUCACCAAAGUCCACGGAGGAAAGAAAUGGCCAGUAACUUUUCCACUGAAUUGUUGCUGACUCUUCUUGAUCCAUAUUAAAUGAAUGGGAAUGUGCCAGCAAAGCAGCCUCUUGGGAGCCUGCAGAGGGAGGGUGUUUCUUGGGGUGAUGGCCUGCGGGGCCAAUCUUUUGCCAAACUUUGCUUGGGUGUUCCAGAAUUUAAGCCACUGACUAUGAGUUUAAUUUUGUUUAAAAAAAAAAAGAAUUUAAACUG